GGUGACGGUCUUUAGUCUGGGCGCUAUCGCAGCUGGCGUCACCUGGGCGUGGGGCGGGGCCACUGAGCGGCGCUAGCUCGGUGUCCGGGUCCUGGUUCCCUGGGCGUAGUGAAGGCUCCACAGGGAGCGGGGUAAGGGGGUGCAGGGAGGGACCGGGGCCCGCGACCGGGGCUGCGUGGGGACGACCAAGGCGAGCUGUGCCUGCUGGGCGUGGCAGGGUGGCACGGCGGCUGAGUGCGGCCAGGAGACCACAACGUGAUGGCAUUUGUGCUGAACAAGGCUCCAAGGAAAGUUGGGAUGUGAAGAUUCUCUCCUACCCCGAUCCUGCCGAAGUCUUGAAGCCUCACAGGAACAGAAGCAGGAAAUUGCUGUUGCCUGUUACAAGCUCUGGCCUCAGUGGACUCUGCUUCUUCUGAGAAAUACGUUUCAAGGAAAACUUGAAUUUCUAAACCAUGGCCCGUGUAUCAGUGACGUUCAGUGAUGUGUCCAUAGCCUUCUCUCGGGAAGAGUGGGAGUACCUGGACCUGUCUCAGAGGGGUUUGUACAAAGACGUGAUGAUGGAGAACUACCACAAUGGGGCCUCACUAGGCUACUUCAUUUCUAAACCAGAUGUGAUUUCCUUGCUGGAGCAAGGGAAGGAGCCCUGGAAGGUUGUGAGGAGGAGAAGACGAAACCCAGAUUUGGAAACUAAGGAUGAGACCAAUCAGUUAUCCUCAGAAAACGGCAUUUAUGAAAUGAAUUUAUCCCAAUGGAAGAUAAUGGAAAAAAUUGGGAACAGUAGUCUGAAGGGCCUUAUUUUAAAAAGUGAAUGGGAGUCCAAAAGAAAACAUGAAAGCCAAGAGGGAUCUCAGGAGGGAUAUCUCAGACAAAUGAAAAUCACAUCUGAAAAAAUGUCCUCUUACCAAAAGCGCACAUCUGCUACUCCACGUCAGAGAAUCCAUUUUGUGGAGAAACCCUAUGAAUGUAAUGAAUGUGGGAAGGCAUUUAGAGUCCGCCAACAGCUUACUUUUCAUCAUAGAAUUCAUACUGGCGAGAAACCCUAUGAAUGUAAGGAAUGUGGGAUGGCUUUUAGGCAGACUGCACACCUUACCAGACAUCAGAGACUUCAUUCUGGUGAAAAACUGUAUGAGUGUAAGGAGUGUGGGGAAGCAUUCAUAUAUGGCCCAGACCUGAGAGCACAUCAAAGAAUUCAUCCCGGUGAGAAGCCCUACGCAUGUAAAGAAUGUGGGAAAGCCUUCAGGGUACGGGGACAACUUACUCUCCAUCAGAGGAUCCACACUGGUGAGAAGCCCUAUGUGUGUAAAGAAUGUGGGAAGGCCUUCAGGCAGUAUGCACACCUUACUCGACAUCAGAAACUUAAUAUCGCUGACAGACUCUAUGAGUGUAAAGAGUGUGGGAAAGACUUUUUGUGUGGCUCUGGCCUUAGAGUACAUUACAAACUUCAUACUGGUGAGAAGCCUUAUGAAUGUAAGGACUGUGGGAAGGCCUUUAGAGUUCGACAACAACUAACACUGCAUCAGAGAAUUCAUACUGGUGAGAAGCCCUAUGAAUGUAACGAAUGUGGGAAGACCUUUAGUCGGGGCUAUCAUCUUAUUCUCCAUCACAGAAUACACACGGGUGAAAAGCCUUAUGAAUGCAAGGACUGCUGGAAGGCGUUCAGUCGGUACUCACAGCUUGUUUCACAUCAGAGUAUUCAUAUCGGUGUCAAGCCCUACGACUGUAAAGAGUGUGGGAAAGCCUUCAGACUACUCUCACAGCUCACACAGCAUCAGAGUAUCCAUGCUGGCCAGAAGCCCUACACAUGUAAGGAGUGCGGGAAGUCUUUUAGGUUGCGGCAGAAACUUACUCUACACCAGAGCAUUCACACUGGUGAAAAGCCCUUUGAGUGUAAGGAAUGUAGGAAGGUCUUUCGACUUAAUUCAUCUCUUAUCCAACAUCUGAGAAUUCAUUCUGGUGAGAAACCCUAUGAGUGUAAAGAAUGUAAGAAGGCCUUUAGACAGCACUCACACCUCACCCAUCAUCUGAAGAUUCAUAGUGUCAAAGUGUAACAAAGUCUGAACAGUCUUACAGAACAUUCUCUGAAUGUUCCAACUGAUCUCUUUUGCUUUUACAUGUAACUGAUCUGGCAUAGGAGGUUUUAUACCAUUAAAGGAAUGUGUUAAUUUAA